CUGCCUGCCAUCGUCUUCCGCCUCCUGCCGCCGCCAUCGUCUUCCGCCUCCUGCCGCCGCCGACGUCUCCCGCCUCCUGCCGCCGCCAUCGUCUUCCGCCUCCUGCCGCCGCCAUCGUCUUCCGCCUCCUGCCGCCGCCGACGUCUCCCGCCUCCUGCCGCCGCCACCGUCUCCCGCCUCCUGCCGCCACCGACUUCCGCCGCCAAACGUCUUCAAUAUGCCACGACAUGCUGUUUUGCUCGAAGGAUCGAUGUUCAGAUGAGUUUUUGUUCAUUUUUCUAGAUUUUUGUUCUCUUUUUGUUUUUUUUUUCCAGGAACAACCACAACCGUAUCCAACUGCUUCAGUUCUGCAUUUGCCGUACAAUCGCCGUAUCAUCAACUCGCCGUCGUUUCAACAACUCGCCGUCGUUUCAACAACUCGCCGUCGCUUCAACAACUCGCCGUCGCUUCAACAACUCGCCGUCGCUUCAACAACUCGCCGUCGCUUCAACAACUCGCCGUCUCAUCAAGUCGCCGUGUUCUCAGUUGCUGGUGGUGAUUUCGAGCUCGAGUCACCGCCGAGUGGCAAAAUCUAGAAACAUGCCUGGCUCGCCAGAAAAUUUGAAGAAAUUUCCAGCAUGCUGGAAAUUUCCUUUUUUCUGGUUUAAAUCGGGCUGUUUCUGGAUUUUGCCGCUAGCGCAUUCUGCGCUCAACAAUAAAAUAAUAAAUACUUUUUUGUAAUGUGUUUUUGAUAUCCCCAAUCGACUGAUUUUACCAAAAUUCCGAUGCUAACCAUUUUUUUCCAGAAUUGCCAGUUGCCACUUCUCAAUCAGUCUUCUCCACUCCGACGCUGCUCAACACCACCACCACCACCAAUUUGCACCACUCGGAUGCCACACAUCGACGACGAGGAGGAGGACGACGACAUUUGCAGAACAGUUAGUUUAUUUAUUUUUUGGGUUUAGAUUAAGAAUUUCAAAAUUUUUAACGAAAAUUAGUUUUUAGAAUUAGUUAUUUUUCAUUAGAGUAAUUUAGUUAGAAAUUUAGUGAUAUUUAAGUAGUUAGGUUCUGAUAUUUUAGUAGUUAACUUAUUUUUUAGAAUUACUUAUUUUUUAUUAGAGUAAUUUAGUUAGAAAUUUAGUGAUAUUUAAGUAGUUAAGUUCUAAUAAUUAAGUUUUUUUUUAAUUCUUUAAAGGGGUUUUUUUGAGUUUCGAAAGUUAUAGGUUGAGAGGCAGUACCUCUCAACUUAUAAAUGGAUCGAGAGGCAGUACCUACUCGGUUCAUAAAAAACUUUCGAAACUCACAAAAAAUUAACCUUUUUUUGGAUUUAAAUUGAAACUUAGUUUUUAGAAUUAAUUAAUUUUUAUUAGAGUAAUAUUAGUUAGAAAUUUAGUGAUAUUUAAGUAGUUAGGUUCUAAAAAUUAAGUUUUUUUUUAAAUUCUUUAAAGGGUUUUUUUGAGUUUCGAAAGUUAUAGGUUGAGAGGCAGUACCUCUCAACUUAUAAAUGGAUCGAGAGGCAGUACCUACUCGGUUCAUAAAAAACUUUCGAAACUCACAAAAAAUUAACCUUUUUUUGAAUUUAAAUUGAAACUUAGUUUUUAGAAUUCCUUAUUUUUUUAUUAGAGUAAUAUUAGUUAGAAAUUUAGUGAUAAUUUUGUAGUUAGGUUCUAAAAAUUAGGUUUUUUUUAAAAUUUAUUAGAGGGUUUUUUUGAGUUUCGAAGGUUAUGAGUUGAGAGGCAGUACCUCUCAACUUAACAAUGGAUCGAGAGGCAGUACCUACUCGAUUCAUAAAAAACUUUCGAAACUCACAUAACUUAACCUUUUUUUUGAAUUUAAAUUAAAACUUAGUUUUUAGAAUUAAUUUUUGUUUUAAUUAGAGUAAUAUUAGUUAGAAAUUUAGUGAUAAAGACAUUUAGUGAUUCGUUUUUUGUUCUUUUUUUGUUUUUUUCCAGCAACAACCACAACCGUAUCCAGCUGCUUCAAUCCUUCAUUUCCUGGCAGCAAAUUGCUGUACAAUCGCCUUCUUCUCAUCAAGUCGCCGUGUUUUCAAGUCGCCGUCGCUUCAACAACUCGCCGUCGCUUCAACAACUCGCCGUCUCAACAACUCGCCGUCGCUUUAACUUGUCGUCGCUUCAACUCGCCGUGUUUUCAGUUGCUGGUGGUGAUUUCGAGCUCAUAAAAAGGUUCCUCAAUCGACUGACUUUCCCAAAAUUCCGAUACUAACCAUUUUUUUUCCAGAAUUGCCAAUAUCGCCACUGCUCAGUCAGUCUUCUCCACUCCGACGCUGCUCAACACCACCACCACCACCACCACCAAUUUGCACCACUCGGAUGCCACACAUCGACGACGAGGAGGAGGACGACGACAUUUGCAGAACAGUUAG